UCGAUGGUCGGGGGCAAAAACACAGCUGGUCUAUGAUCCUCGAAGCGAGCUGACGGUCGGAACGACUAUCAAUGUGAUUUCCGCGAAUUUCUACCGAUCUGUCCGGACCUGGCCGGAGCUGGCCGGAGCUGGCAACACGAAUCGCGUGUCGGGGAAACCCACGAAAAAAAAAAAAAUACGUCGAUCGCGACUAUCGCGUGUAAGUGAACAGUGUGCGAGUGUGCCUGUUUAAUGCGAUGUAGUCUGGAGAACAACGCGGAUCGGCACACGAGGAUUUUUCGCUUUGGCCCUGGAUAAACAAAAGAGCACCCCGUCUCGACGCGUUCUUUCCCCAACACAAACAAUGUCACAGUUAAGCUAAGUAAUAAUCAACAUAAAGAUCGCGAAAGAAGAGGAGAUAGAUGAGAGAAAAAUGGCGUCCACCAGCGGGCACAAGAGAAACGGCUCCAGCUCGAGCAUGUUUGCGCACAAACGCACGGAAUCGGGGGGUGGUUUCGUCGGUUACAAGCGUACCGAGGGUGGUCACAGACGUGCCGAUAUAUCCAGUGCCUUUGGCCACAAACGAUCCGAGAGUGGCCAUAAGAGGAACGAGAGCAGCAGCGGUGUUUUCGGUCACAGGAGAUCCGAAUCCGGCAGCAAUUAUCACGCCGGUCAUCGACGUAACGAAAGCAUGUACGCGAUGACGGGUCUCUAUGCGGAAAGCGUCGGCACUGGUGCCGACGAUAAUGCGGAUCCGCUGCAGGCGACCAACGGCAGAUUAACCCACGACACCGUCAUAAGAUGUCACAGUAGAAAUCCAAGUUCCGGCCUUGUGGAUCAUAGAGAUUUUAUCAUCAAAUGUCACAGCAGAAAUCCAAGUGCUUCUAUGGUGGACAGGACGGAGAAGGAGAGGGCUCAAACUCCGCCGUUUAAUCCGGAUUCCAAGGACUGUGGAAUUCUAAAUUGUAGGCCGGCCUUCAUUCAAAGAUUUGCCGGAAUAAAGGUAUUCGUAUUUCUCCUGUCGUUCCUUGUUACGUUGCAACAAGCACUUAGCUCAGGUUACAUCAAUUCUGUGAUAACAACCAUAGAGAAGAGAUUUGAGAUCCCGUCCAGCCUUUCGGGCCUCAUUGCAAGCUCUUAUGAAAUCGGCAACGUUAUCACUGUCAUCUUUGUCAGUUAUCUCGGCAGUCGCAGACACAUACCUGUAUGGAUAGCAAUCGGUGCAGUGAUAAUGGGAUUAGGAUCGAUGAUCUUUAUGGUGCCACAUUUCACAGCAGAACCCUAUUUAACGACAACCGCAAAUCAUUCCAAUUCAGAUAAUAUCUGUCGCGGCGUAUCAUUACGUGAACAAGAUAUGGGUUUGGGUCGACUUUCAUCAGGGUUAUCUUCACCUCCCUUAGCACCACACAAUAAUUUAAGAGGUGAUAAUUGUAUACAGGGUUCUCCGUCUACAGCCGGACCUGUUACGCUAUUUGUACUUGCUCAGUUACUAUUAGGAUGUGGAGGCUCUCCUUUAUUUACUCUUGGUACUACUUAUAUAGAUGAUCAUGUGAGACCGGAAAGUGCAUCUUUAUAUAUUGGUUGUAUGUAUAGUAUGGCGGCCUUUGGACCAGUUUUAGGUUUUCUUCUUGGAGCGUAUCUUUUGUCUUUCCAUAUGGACUCGUUUUCAAAAAUUAUAAGUAUUGAUCCUGGAGAUCACAGAUGGGUUGGUAUGUGGUGGGGCGGAUUCCUACUUUGCGGGUUGCUCCUUAUUUUAGUAGCCAUACCUUUCUUCAGUUUUCCUAAAACUCUACAACGCGAGAAGGAAAAGAUACGAAUUAUAGAAAAAAAUAAGGCAUUAUCGCAAAAAGAAAAAGAGCAAACAAAAGAACCUAAAAAGGAGAAAGUAGACGAUAGCGGUUAUGGAAAGGACGUUAAAGAUAUUCCACGAAGUAUGUGGAGACUUGUUUGCAAUCCAGUCUAUGUUGUAACAUGUUUGGGAGCAUGCAUGGAAUUGGUGAUUGUAUCUGGUUUUGUAGUAUUCCUACCCAAGUAUCUCGAAACACAAUUCAGCUUAGGGAAGAGUCAAGCCAGCAUCUUUACAGGCUCUGUCGCUAUACCAGGCGCCUGUAUCGGAAUUUUUUUUGGCGGAUGUAUGCUCAAACGUUUAGAAUUAAGGCCAAAGGGCGCAGUGCAAUUUGUUCUUGUCUCAAAUAUAAUUUGCCUAGUAUGUUACGGUCUGCUAUUUUUCCUCGGCUGCGAGAACGUAAAAAUGGCUGGGACCACUAUUCCGUACUUUAAUAGUAGCACGAAGGGUCCUGAACCCUUUCAAGUAAAUCUUACUGCCGCAUGCAACUUUGGUUGUGAAUGCCGUAUGACGGAUGUCGAACCGGUUUGCGGAAAUAAUGGUCUGACAUAUUUUAGUCCAUGUCAUGCAGGUUGCACUGCCUUUAGUUCCAAAUCGAAUUUUACAAAUUGCGCAUGUAUACAUGGUAAUCUGACUAUGUUACCUCCGGCUGCUCCAGAAUUUGCGGAAGUGACCGUUGUGCCUGUAGCAACUGCAGGUCCUUGUACUUCACCAUGUAGAACUAUAUUUCCAUUUUUGAUUCUUUUAUUUUUUAUGACAUUUAUCGUUGCCGUGACCCAAAUGCCUCUGCUCAUGAUAGUAUUACGAUCCGUUUCUGAAGAAGAAAGAUCUUUUGCUUUGGGUAUGCAGUUUGUAAUUUUUCGAUUAUUUGGCUAUAUACCGGCACCGAUACUAUUUGGUAACUUGAUUGAUUCCACAUGCUUGCUAUGGAAGAGCACUUGUGGAGAAAAGGGAGGUCGAUGCUUACUCUAUGAUAUUGAACAAUUUAGAUACAGAUAUGUCGGCCUAUGUGCUGGGAUAAAAAUUUUAGCUUUGGCCCUAUUCUUGAUUGAUUGGUGGCUUGUAAGGAGAAGGAGACAAAUGGAAGAUCAGCCACCAUCUUUCACUGUCAACGAGUUUGUAGGAUCAAUCAUCAGUCUAGAUAAAUUAUUUGAAGAAAAACCACAUCAGAAUUUAGGGGAUGGUGAUGCGACUUUACCAAGUUCUGAGAUUGCAACACCAUCUUCUAUUUCAUCGCCUACAGAACCUACAAAGUCAACGAAUCUCGAGGAAACAGGGUCGUCGAAUCAAACGCAAGAUUCAACUGAGACGACAAACCGCUCAAAAAAUAUGGAAGUUGAAGUUCCCGAUACAAGGCAAGCACCACUUGCCAUACAAGAACCAGAUGUUGAGAUCAAACCUUCAAUUGGUAUGACAGAAAAUCGCAACUGCGAUGUUUAAUGUUUAUUUUAUAUUAGAAAUUAUAAAAAUAAAUAUAUCAAAUUGGUGAUAUGUAUAAAUUUGUGACAAAUUAAAUUUGUUUUUUAUUAGCUAAUGGAUUUUGUCUGAAUAAUACAAACUUACAUAUCCACAUCUACAUUAUUUAUCUCUUGUAUGUUAAAAAGCGCGAAAAUACAAUAUUAAGAAAAAAACAAAAGUUUAUAUAUAAUAUUAAAAUAUGUUAAAAAAUGUAAAAAUAAUAAAUUAAAUUGAAUUUUUUUUUUCUUUUUAUAUAAAGCUAUAAUUUAUUAUUUAAGGUAAUUUGUCACAAAUUUAACUAUUUGAACUGGUUAUUUUUAGGAAAUAUAAUAUCACUAGAGGAUGAGUUUUUACAACAAUGGUGUGUGUGUGUGGAUGUAUGUGUGUAUGUUAAUAAAUAGAUACAUAUAACGCAUAAAUGUAGCGUUUAAAACGUACAAUCUCGAAAUUAUAUUAUUCAUUGCACAUUUAGAUUAAUAUUGUUGCUACAUGUAUCGUUCAUGAGAGAAUAGAUAUGCAAAGAGAUGAGACGGAUAAAUUUCUAUUGUGUUGUCCGUAAGAAAUCGUGUAAAGUAAGCCUUGCAUCAUUGCAAGAAAAGGCCAACGUAACGACGUAAUUGUAAAUACGAAAAAUCCUGCCUUAUAAAAAUACAAGACUAUAGACAAAUGUAUAUUUAAAAAUAAUGAAUUAAGUAUCACACACAAAACUAACGAUCUAUAUAAUAUCACUAGUGCAGAGCAAAAAUUACAAUUUAUUUUAUAACUAGAGUUAGGUUUCUUGAAACCAAUAGUCAAUUUAGCGUAGUGAAAUAAAUAACGAAGAUUAGUGUAAUGAAUAACCUCUGUUGUUGAACAACACAUUGAUUUGUAUUUUCUAUUUUUCUGUAGAUAGAUGCAAUCGUAAAAUCGCAAAUUAAGUUGCAUAUGAUCUCUUAUCUACCAUUUUCUUUUACUCUUCUUUUUCAACUUAAUCAAUUUUUUUAUGUAAUCUUUAAAUAGAAUUUUAUAAAGUAUGUUUCCAGAGGAAGGAGGGAGGGAAAUAGACACAUACAUAAAUCAUAUAUAUUAUGCACAAUAUAAACGAUGCUUUCAAGCAACGAAGAUGAUAUUCUUAUUUGCAUAUUGUGGCUCGGUAAAUCAAAGAUUAUAACUGGGAUUAAUAUUACUGCUUUGUUUUGAAUAAUUCUGGCUUUACACAGAAAGCUCACUCUGUACGGGGAGUCUAUUUGCUUCGUACCUGACAAUCUCUCUUGAAUCAAUUUCGAUAUAUACGAAAAGAAACUAUAUAAAAUUACUCAGGAAUGAAAUUCUGUAGAGAAUAAGGACACAUUUUUAAUUUAACUCAAUAAAAUAAAGAAUUCAUAAAUACGAGAUAUAUACCAAGGAUGCAAAGAAAAAUGAGAUUAUAGUAUAAAAGAAAUAUAAAUGUUGUUUCGUGCAUAGUGGGAUUCUGUAACAUAUGAGAUGAAAUAUUUUAGAGUACUGAGCCCUAAAUAAAUCAUGUUAAAACGAUUUAAUUGUAAUUGCUUUUUGUACAUAUGUUUGCUGAUUAAUUGGGAUACUUCAUUAUAUGCUAUUCGCUUUGAUGAUAAACACAGUCAAUAGUUGUGCUUCUCUGUAGAAGGAUAAGUUUAUGCAAUUUUCUCAUUUUAUGCUUGACUCAUCACUGUCAAUUUUUCAAAUAGUAAUGCACAUUAUAUUUUAGAAGCAAUUUUCAGAUUUAAUGUGAACUUCAUCAAAGUUGACCGUUCGUAUCAGUUUAACGACAGCGAUGAUCUCCGCACGCACGCGUGACUGCGUGUGCGUGUAUGUAUGUGUGUAUGCGUGUAUGUAGUAUAUAAAUAUUUUAUAUAUAUAUAUAUGCAUAUAUAUAUAUAUAUAUAUAUAUAUAUAUAUAUAUAUUAUAAAAUAUAUAAUAUAUAUUAUAUUAAUUAAACACUUAUAUAUAUCUACUUUGUGAUAUAAACUUCUUCCGAACGGUAAUCUUUGAAGAAGACUGUAGAGAAUAAUACCAAGUGCUGUGAAUAGAGGAAAAAAAUACACAUAUUAAAUCAAAUUUAAUUCAAUUAAUAUGCCGAAAGGGAUUAGCAUCAGAUCUUAUCCCAAGGAACUAUACUAUAAAUAGCUAAUGAUUUAUAUUUAGAAAAUUUGAAAGAAAAAUUACAUCACAACAUAAUCUUAUUUGUAAGGUUGCCAUGAUAAAGCGAUAUUUCUACGCGUAUGAAAUAAGAAAGAUGACAUGGGGCGUGUAAUCAAUUUUAAAGAAUAUAUCGAUUCGCGUAUAAUCUAUAAUUUACGCAUAAUUUAUAUUUAUAGACUUAUUACAAUAUUACACACUUAAAUACUUUUGUAAGAAUUUUCCUCCCCCUUACAUUGAUGUUUUUAGUUAAUGAUGCGACACCAAUAAUUUUCCUAUAAUUACUGAAUUUUUGACUGUCUUACCACAGUUUCAAUUUUUGUAAUUAUUUUUUCUUCAGCCACUCGAUCAACGUUAGUUUUACCAUAUUGUAUUGCUAUUAUUAUUACCGUUAUUAUCACACUAUUAUAUUAUUAUUAAUAUUACAAAUACUAUGAUUAUUACAUACUACCAUUAUUGCUAUGAUACUAUUGCACUAUAUUCUUAAUUUUACAAACUUUUUUUUUUAUUUAACCCUUUUUUUAUUACAAUCAGUAAGAUUCCUGCAUGAAACAUUCCGAAGCGACGGUAAAUAAAAUAAAUCAUUUUAUAAAGAUAUAUCUCUGCGCGCGCGCAAGUAUGUGUGUGUGCACGCCUGUGCUUAACAAUGAAUGAUUAACAAGUGAAUGAUCGAAUAUUUACUAAAGUUUGUAGUAUGUACACAUACAUACAUACAUUCAAUUAAAAAACUGUUAUGUACAUAUGAUUAUAACUAUAAUGUAAGCUGCUUAUAUAGAUAAUGUAUUUUUUGUAGGGACCAUAAUAUAUGAGCGAAGUAUAUAAUGUUAUGAUUAGUAUUAAUGAUACAAACUAAUAAUUAAUUCUCUGUCACAUUUAUGUGAAAGCAAUACGCGAUUAGUCGAGAUACAGUAAUGAAGAAUAAGAGAAAGAUCAAGGUCAUGAAAAUAAAUAUUAUUUACACUUCUCCUUGAUAAAUCACCUUCGAUUAUUAUACUUGUAAUGAAUUAAUACGGUUUUUAUUAAAUAUUGAUUGUAAAGCGAUAUAGGAUACAUGGCGAGGAAUAUUAAAAGUAAAAAGAAUAUAAACAGUGCGAAACGUUUAAACAUUUAAAUCCAGAGAAUUCCUUUUUGCUUUAAAACAUAGAAAUGAAAAUAUCGCAAAUUGGGAUUUGCCUUAAAAUAGAAAGAUUAAAUAAUUC